AUGGAAAGCAAUCCACCGAGCAUAUCAGUACAUGCCAUCGCAGGAAAACGUGGCAUAUUCAGCAAAGGGCGAGACGGAACACGAGAUCUUGCUGAAGCAGCCUUUCACUUAGCAAUAGAGAAGAUUAACAACGACCCAACGAUCCUGCCCAACACAAAUCUCACAGCCCUGGUUCGGAAUUCCGAGUAUUUAGUGUACCCCUUCGGUAACAUCCAACAUGCUUGUAACUUAAUAUCCCGUGGAGUAGUAGCGAUAGUUGGACCCACGACGUCUUCAGACGUUAAGGCUGUAUACCCAAUUGCCGAAGGUCUGCACAUCCCACAAUUUGCGCCGUUUGCAACGGAUCCCACCUUAUCCCAGAAUCCUAAUACGUAUGGGUAUUUGUUCAAGAUGAGCGCUCCAGACAGUUGGCAGAGCCGCGCGCUGAUCGAUAUUAUUGCACAUUUCCGUUGGUCCAGAAUGGCCAUCCUGACUUCGUUGACAGACUAUGGAAUAAAUGGACUUCAAGAAUUUCAACGGAUAGCAAUAUUAAAGAACUGGGUGAUCUCGCACGUUGGUCGAUUUCUGCCAACCCAAAAUGCUUCCAGCGUAGACGCGAGGGAACAGCUGCUCACAAUUCGCAGUAAAGGGGUACGACUGGUGAUACUGAACUGCUUAGCGAUACACGCCAGAUAUGUGCUGAGACAGGCUGGGGAACUAGGAAUGACUCAGUCAGGCUGGGCGUGGGUGGUUACGGAUGGAGUCACAGCGCUGGAAGGACUUUAUGAAGACUGUCUCGAAAUACCGCCACAUUUGAUAGGAGUGAUAGGAACGAGACCUACCGUCGGUGAGGGCAUGCUGUUCACCAACUUUCUUGAAGCCUGGAAUACGGACCCAACUUCCAGUGGGAGUCGAGGAUUCGAGGUCAAUCACCAUUGUACUGAUCAGUUCAAUCCACCAUAUUUUCUAAAACAGAUGGCGUCCGUAUUGCGAACGUACGACUCAGUAAUUGCUAUAGGACAUGCUCUGCAUAACUACCUGACAGACGGACACAAUCUUAGCAUACCCGCUUAUCCAGCUAGAACGUGUUCGAAGAGAGACAUCGAGAAAUGGCGAGAUGGAGAAAAACUAAAGCAAUAUAUACGAAAAGUGCAAUGCAAUGGCACAAUGAAUUAUGUCAAUUUCACAGACUUCAACGCGCCCGAUGUGGCUCACUAUGAUAUCGUGAAUUUGAGAAACCGUGGUUUUGAAAAAGUGGGCGGAUGGUAUGGCGAAGGUGACAUGGAGAUAUCGACACGUGUGUUCUUCCCUGGAAAUACCCGAACAGUUCCGACUGAUAGUAAUCUUGAUCUCAGUAACUAUACUUUGAAAAUCACUACCAUAUUGGAUGAGCCGUUUGUUAUGAUGUCUGACGAUCCUACAAAAAAGGGCAACGAUAGAUAUAAAGGCUUUUGCAAAGAUUUAUUGGACAAAUUGCAGAGUAGUUUAGAUUUCAAAUACGAGAUGACCCUUGUUCCCGAUGGCCAGUAUGGCGCAAAAGACGAGGACUCAGACAGGGUUAGAUGGAAUGGCAUGGUUGGUCAGCUCAUCCAGGGAAAAGCCGAUGUGGCAGUGGCACCGUUCACAAUAAGUUACGAAAGGCAACAGUACAUCGCAUUCACCAAACCAUACUUGGACCUCGGACUGACCAUUCUAAUGAAAGUCAAGGAGCCAGAACGCAGCCUGUUUGCAUUUCUCGACCCAUUCAGCUAUGAUUUGUGGAUGGCUAUUCUGCUUGCCAUGUUGUUUGCCGGCAUGUGUGUUUCAGUCUGCAGUUAUCUCAGUCCCUAUGGCUAUUAUGGUGCAUACGUCCAGCGUCCCGAUUCAAGUGAUACCUCUACGUACGAUGCACGAAAUUCUAUGAAUCUUUAUAACGCUCUGUGGUUUUCAUUCGCUUCCUGGAUGCAACAAGGAGCUGAUUUCAAUCCAAGGUCGAUAUCUGGUAGAAUAGUUGGUGGAUUUUGGUGGAUGGCAGUCAUUAUCAUCACAGCAAACUACACAGCCAACCUAGCUGCUUUUCUCACUGUUGCUAGAAUGAGUACCGGAAUUAGUUCCGUGGAUGACUUGGCAAAACAAAGCAGCAUCCCAUACGGGACUGUGCAUAACAGUCAACCGGAAUCGUACUUUGAACAAGCCGGCGUAGAGCCUUACAAAAAAAUCUCAAACUCCAUGAUAAACGUGGACAACACGACGGAGGGGAUAAAAAAAGUGAAAGAAGGCAAUUACGCAUUCAUUUGGGAUUCGGCUAUAUUGGAGUACGCGGCGAAUAAGGAGCCAUGUGACGUACAGACCGUUGGCAGACUAUUUGGCAAAAUGGGUUAUGGACUUGGUUUGCCGCUUCACUCACAGCUCACAGACAUUUUUAGUUUAGAAAUUUUAAAGCUACGGCAAAGUGGAUACAUAGAGCAACUCUCGAAUAAUUAUUUCACGGGAAUCUGUGACAAAGAUAAGAAAACUAGCACAGAGAAAGCCGGCAGCCAAAUGAGUAUUAACAACAUGGCGGGUGUGUUUUAUUUUAUGUUUGCCGGUUUUGGGUUCGGUUUCAUUAUAAUGUUGGUGGAGUGGUGCUGGGCGUCAUAUAAAGAAACCACGUCGGUCAAGAUAGAGCCGGCUAAAAAGGGAGGAGUAAUGUCCCCAGAACUGUCUAGUAUUUAUAUGGAUAAUCUUAGUGUAACACUCAAUAGCAUGCCAUGUGGUUGUCUUAUUGGUGGUAAGUUAUAA